GCAGGCGCUUGUAAAACAAUGAACGUCUUUGAGUGUGGACAAUUUUGAAUGCAGGCAGGCUGACAAGUGGGUAAACUUGCGUUACCUUCCCCGGCGAUGACCCCCAGACUGAAUACGCUCAAGAGCGAAGUGAGAGAAAGUUUCCAUUUUGCUCUAAGUUUUUAUAAAGCCAUUUGAACUUGGCGACAACAAACACAUUUGCAGCUUCUUCAGAUCUGCGUUUCAAAGUCUCGGAGGAAACGGGAGCGGUGAGCCAGAGCCACGAAACGGAUUAUCGACGAUCGUUCACGGCAUCGCACAGCUGGUUUACUUUAUACGAACCGCUCGGAUCUCUUUUAAACCGGGGUUGCCUGCAAGAUCAACCGAGAAGGACAAUUUUGCACAUAAUUCGAUUUAAUUGCAUUGUUAGGAGAGCUUGUGGAACUUGCCCGCAAGUGUUGAGCAACUUUUAAAAGCGAUGGUGGGAAGACUGAACUUGCGGAAUGUGUCUGAAGACGAUCCGCUGGAUAUGAAUUUCAAAGCUGACCGGCCGCUGGACAGUCCGGACUCCGGUCUGCCUCCGAGUCCGAGCCCGAGCGUCUGGUUACUGCAGGGUACCGGGGCUGGAACCCCAAUUACAGAAGACGAGAGCAGAGGGACAGCUGUGGUUCCUAAUAAUCGCCAAUUGCAUGCAUUGUCCUAUGGUGAAGGAAUUGAACUUGAUCCUCUCCCACUAAAAGAAAUAAGAUACACAUCAUCGGUGCGUUAUGAUUCAGAUCGGCACUUCAUCCAGGACGUGACCCUGCAGCCCAAGGGUUUGGGUCUGGAGAUGUGCAGCCAGACGGUGUUGGCCCUGCCUCAAAGCACCUGGAGACAUUACAAGACCCAGCUGGAGUUCCAGCCCCGCCAGCGUGUGCAGCGCUACCAGAGCACCACCAUAGUGUACCCCAAACACACCCGGACCUUCUACACCACCCAGCUCAAUUAUGACGGGCACAAGUUGACCAAGCGCUUCUUCUCUGCUGUAGAGCUGCAGGCUUCUGAUUGCAAGGCUGGUCUUUGAAAGACACAGGGGCAUCUGUGCCUGACAUUACGCCCAUGUGUAUCAAUUAUAAACCACCGCCUGCAUUCAUUGAGUCCCAAGAGAGGCAAAAAAAAAGGAAACUCGGACUGAAAUUGUUGCCAGUUGGAAAGGGGUUCCCGAGACAGACAUGCAGUUUUAGUGAGUUUAAGGCUGGAGGAGAGUAAGCAACUGUGUUGCGUUGUUUUUAAGGUUUGGUUAGAAGCAGCAUAUGGAGCUUUGGAUGGUUGUCUCCAUCAGUGCUCAGUGGAAGUGUACAACAGUGGGUUUAACUGUAUGUAGAAAUGUGGUUGAUUUAUUUAAUAGUGAGAUAGUUUCAGAUAUCCUGCUCUGAUCUUGGACCUUCGCUGGUUUGAAAGGUUAGAUUUGAUGUUCCGCUAGGGACACAUAGUUGGCCAUUGAGAAAUAUGGGAUGUACUAGAGUGCAAACUGAUUUUUCUCCACCAUUAACUGUGUAUUAGAAUAACAAAAUAGGGUAUUUUAGGGUUGGGUUGCAAAGUUGGAGCUGCCAUACCAUAUAUUUCACGUGUUUCACACUUUACCGAUAUCUAGAAGGGGAAAUUCAUAUAUUGGGGCCUAAAGGGUUUUCUGAAAUAAAAAAACAGGGUAUUUUAGGGUGUCUUUGCACAAGGGUGAUAUCUGGUAUAUCUGGGCUGAAACAUUAAAUCGAUCAGAAACUAAACUAACCUGCAUAUUUUAACUACUGUAGCCACACUUAUGUCGUUAUCCAUAUUUUUCUUUAUGUAAAGGCUGGCUAACUUCCACAGCUUGGCUUGGUUUUAGUAAGGUGUUCUUUGUAUUGUUAAUCGUGAAGGAAAAUUAGAAGUGGGGUCACAUUAGAAAUGAACUCAAUCGUGCUUGAUACUGCAGACUGAGGUAUCUGAAGACUAGUGUUUGAAAUAAAUUAUAAUGUAAAUAACAGCACUUCAAUUUAAAAUGAUUUUAUUCUCUAUUUAUUUCUUGUUCUUGUUUUAAUUCUCUUUUAUUCUGUGCACGGUCAUUGAUGCAGUGAGUGACACAAAUGUGUUGGUUUUGAAAUCUGUAGUUGUGCUGUGUAAAACUCUGAUUCUAUUAAUGUUUGUUGAGAUGGAUAUUAACUGUUACAAUGAAAUAAAUCCAUUUUUUAAAGUGA